AUGAAUUCUGACUCCAGCUCUGUCUCCAGCAGAGCUUCCUCGCCAGACAUGGAUGAGAUGUACCUGAGGGACCACCACCACCACCACCACCAUCACCACCACCAGGACAGCCGGCUCAACUCCGUCUCCUCCACCCAGAACGACCUGGUGCAGAAGAUGUCCGGGGAAGGCCUCUCCAGGAACGGCUCCAAGGCCGGAGGGGAAGGCAGCAAGUACAAAAUCAAGAAGCAGCUCUCGGAGCAGGACCUGCAGCAGCUGCGGCUGAAGAUCAACGGCCGGGAGCGCAAGAGGAUGCACGACCUCAACCUCGCCAUGGACGGCUUGCGGGAGGUGAUGCCCUACGCCCACGGACCGUCCGUCAGAAAACUCUCCAAAAUCGCCACCCUCCUGCUAGCCAGAAACUAUAUCCUGAUGCUCACCAGCUCCCUGGAGGAGAUGAAGAGGCUGGUGGGGGAAAUCUACGGGGGGCACCACUCGGCCUUUCACUGCGGCACGGUGGGACACUCCGCCGGCCACCCGAGCCGCCCUGCCUCGGAGGCGGCGAGAAGCCCGACAGCGAUCGCCCAAACGGCGCCGGCCUGUGCGGGCUCCCCGCCUCACGCCGGGGUGGCAGCCGGCGGGAAUUCGCACGCCGCGGGGGCCCGGCAGCCGGUGCCCGGCACGGCCGGGGCAGGGAAAGGGCGGCCAGAUCCAGCUGCCAGCCCUUUCCCGGGAGGGGAACGGCGAGCUGGGCAGGGCUGGGAAAGGCAGCGCUGCCGCGCCGGGGUGCGGGACCCCCCCGACUCCGCACACGCGAGCGGGGUCCGGCACCCCCCGGCCGGGCACCCCCGGCCCUCCGCCUUUCGCGGAGGGGUGUCCGGGGGGGGGCUGGAGGAGCACGGAGAAGGUGACUGCCCCUGA